AUGGCGCCAGCUGCAGGAGCUAAGAAGCAAAAGAAGAAGUGGUCCAAGGGCAAGGUCAAGGACAAGGCCCAACACGCCGUCAUCCUCGACAAGGCCACCACCGAGAAGCUCUACAAGGAUGUCCAGUCUUACCGUCUCGUCACCGUCGCUACCCUCGUCGACCGAAUGAAGAUCAACGGCUCUCUCGCCAGGCAGUGCCUCAGGGACCUCGAGGAGAAGGGCCUGAUCAAGCCUGUUGUUGAGCACAGCAAGAUGAAGAUUUACACUCGUGCGGUUGGCGCUUCGGACUAA